UGUGUUUUGUUCCGCUGAGUUGGUGACUAAAGAAUAAAAGAAGUAAAAACUUGAAAAAGAAGUAAAAAACUCCAUGUUUAACAAAAGAAACUCAUAAUAAUCCGUUCAAAGUAGCAUCUGGCGAUGUGUGGGAAUCAAUAGAAGAGAAAUUGGUAGUGGUAGGGCUGUUAUCACAAACUGAUUAGCGACCAGGAUUAGUCGUUGGUAUCCCCUGCAGACUCAAAAUCCGGUUGCAUCAUUGCAGUGAAAGUUAUUGCAGCAGCACCAGCAGCGGCAACGGCAGUAGUAGAUUGUCUUCCCCAAAAAAAAAAAACAACUAAACUUACAAGACAACGCGUAUCACUCUGCUGGCCCUAUCAGCCCGGAAUCCAGAGCAAUGAGCCCCUCAAACGCCUUCGGCAGUGUUCUGCGACGGGUGACGGCAGCAGCAGCAACAGUUUCAGCGAUCACAGCUGGUUCGACGCGUCCCCUAUCGAGACGAACGCUCAUCACCACCUCCCACGGUACGACGGUUCGGCGGUACAUAAGCAUCAGCACAGUUUGUCCCCUCCAUCAGUCCGCAAUUCUCACGCAAAGCGCCAACAUGUUGGACGAACGGAAACCCUUCACCGCCGAUUUCUUCUUCAGACAGCUGUUUGAUGAACAAUCGCACACCUAUUCAUACCUGCUGGCGGACAUCGUAUCCAAGGAGGCCAUCCUGAUCGAUCCCGUGCUGGAGCAGGCUAAGAGAGAUGCCAAGCUGAUCGAGGAACUGGGCUUUACGCUCAAGUUUGCCCUGAACACGCAUAUGCACGCGGACCAUGUCACCGGUACCGGGUACCUGAAGCAGCUGUUGCCUGGAACGCUGAGUGUGAUUUCAAAAAACAGCGGUGCGAAAGCGGACCUUCAUCUAGUAGACAACGAGACGGUAAAGUUCGGUCGCCAUGAGUUACGGGCCCUCUGCACACCUGGCCACACCAAUGGUUGCAUGACGUUCGUGAUUGACGAGCAGGGAUGCGCCUUCACCGGCGAUACGCUGCUGAUUCGUGGCUGCGGUCGUACCGAUUUCCAGGAGGGUGAUUCCCGUACCCUUUACCGGUCCGUACACGAUCGGAUCUUUACCCUGCCAGAAAACUUCCGACUGUUUCCGGCACACGAUUACAAAGGAAACAUGGAGACAACGGUGGCCGAAGAGAAGCGUUACAAUCCCCGACUUACGAAGGACAUUGAGGCGUUCGCGGAACUGAUGGGCAACCUGAACUUGCCCUAUCCGAAAAUGAUUGAUAAAGCGGUGCCAGCCAACCGCGAGUGUGGACUAUUCGACAUCCCGAAGGAGCCGUAAAGGAAGACAUUGCCAAGAGGGAGCUAGUAGCAAGAGCGGUAGUGAAGCAGAAGUAUUACUGUUGAUGGAAAGUACGGAAGGGUUGUGGAUAUGAUGCGGGUUUUUAGUUGUUUAAAAUUAUUUGAUUUUUAAAGACAUUUCCGACCAAUCUUUAUCGCGCGAUUGUGAUAGCAAAGUUGGGAGUGGAACCUUUUUCAAUGUAAAUCCAGGAAUACUCGGGACUUUUCGUAUACUAACAGAUAUCAAAGCAUUAAACGGACAUGUCCAAAAUUGA